CGUUGACAAUACUCAAUAAGCGCAGAGUAUUCGUCAACUCAACAUCAGGAAAGGAAGCAGUGACAUAUAAAGAUUAAGAAAUCGAUCAAAAACCAACAAAAAUCUGGUUCUGUCUUUCUCCCGCGCACCGUUGCUUGAAUGCGGAUUUAAAGGAAAGCAAAAGUGAUUUGCAAAAAAAAAAACAUGGCGGAAGAAAAAAUAAAAAGUGCCGAAAGUGAGCAAAUGAAAUCACUACCAAAUGGUCAAUUAAAGAGAGAUCCCACAAAUUUGAAUAACAAUUUCGUCGAACCCAACUACCUAAACAAGCGAUUACAGAGUUUGCAAAAUGUUUUGCUUGAAGAUUUCAAAAAACGUUUAGAUGAAGAGUUUGAAGGUGUCGUACAAGAGCUGCGCAAACAUGAACUUCAAUUGAACGAAUUCAAAGGAUUCGCCAAGCCACAGAACGGUAGCACAUGGAGCAAUCGCAUCUUAGCCACAGAAGCGUCUAAUCAUUCCCCAACUGAUUCAAAAACAAUUCUCUCCAGCAAAACGGAAAACUCAAGUGCAGAAAACAAACAGCCGGGCAAACAUAAAAAACAACCACGACCUCUGCCUGAAAAAGUGUUCGUUGUGCGCGAAUCGUAUCUCACGGCGUUGCUGGAUGUCGACCACAUGCGCACAAUUUAUCACAUUUUUGGCGCAAUGUUGUUGAUUUUACUUUUACAUAGCAUAUCAUACGAUUAUUUUACAGAGGGAAGAGUGUACAUUGGUUUGGGUACCUUCAAGUCAAGUUUGGCGAAAAUUCAAUUUGUAUUUGGAAUCUGGUUGUUGGAACAUGCUGUUGUAUUCCUACUUUAUUAUGCCUUCAAAAUGUGGGCUAACGUGCGGGUCAAACUGGCAAGACAACCUACACUACAAAGUUUCUGGUCACAUUCCUGCCUAAUAACAUACAUUAGUUCUCAGCUGGUCUUUGGUUAUGUAGCCUCUGCGCUUUGUCUAAAACUGGAGUUAACAUUUAUAACCUCUUCCAUUUUACUACUCGAGUCAACUAGACUGCUUAUGAAGAUGCAUUCCUUUGUACGCACGAACGCUGCGCGUGUGCUUGCCGGAAAGCUGAAAGUUGACAGCAAUUCAAGUGAAUUGGAGGGCACCAAGAAUAAACAGCAAUCAACACUUGCCACACGUUUACCUGCAUUCAGCUCCUAUCUAUACUUUCUGUUCGCACCUACACUCAUCUACCGCGACAGCUAUCCGCGCACUUCACACAUCCGUUGGAAAUUCGCACUGGCAAGAUUUAUGGAAAUCGUUGGCAUAGCAUUCAUCUACAGUUUCUUGUUUGAGCGUUACAUUAAGGUUCAGUUCGAGAAUAUUGGACGUGACGAAUUAACCACAGCCUCCCUAAUUGUCAAGUUGCAUAACAUGUUUUUUAUCAACAACAUAAUAUUUUUAUGCGGUUUCUAUCUCAUUCUCCAUUCUUGGUUGAAUUUUACUUCUGAAUUAUUGCGUUUCGGCGAUCGUAUGUUUUACAAGGACUGGUGGACCUCGCCGAACUAUGACGCUUUCUUCCGUAAUUGGAAUGUUGUUGUACAUGAUUGGCUCUACGAGUAUAUCUACAAGGACACCUACAACUACAUUUUUAAAAGCUCCAAGUUGCCUUCAACGCUAAUGGUUUUCUAUACAUCAGCCAUAGUGCACGAACAUAUAAUUGGAUUUGCCUUAAAACUUUUCUUCCCAGUCAUGUUUUUUUUCUUUGGUGUACUCGCUAUAUGUAUGGUUUUUAUUACUCGCAAAACCUCCAAGAGACUUGGCAAUUUUUUAGUAUGGGGAACACUGAUUUUCGGCAAUGGCUUAUUGUUUUCAUUAUACAGCAUGGAACAUUACGCGCGCCAAAAUUGUCCUAGGACAUAUGAGGAUUGGACGGACUAUUUAGUGCCGACAGUGUGGACUUGUUACAGCAAAUAAUAGCACGAUAAAUCGUUGUAUACUUACAAGCAUGGCUUUAGAGGUUUAACUGUAGGAAUAGAAAGUAGUAUUUGUAUCCAUUUAAUCAUAUCUCUAUUUACUUAUACAUAUAAAGGAUCUUUCAAAAGAGACGCCUAGGCGUCAGUAGUGAAUUAUUCCAAGACGGUACUUCUCAUUUAUGUCAGCUUUGGCAUUCGUCAAGUUGCAGAUGCACAAUUUAUCAUGAUAGAACAAAGCGUUAACAUUAUUAAAACUUAUAUUGAAAACAAUAGACCUUUGAAAACAACAUAUCGCAAAAUUCGUGAUACAUUUGGUGGGAAUAAUCGUCCGAAUGAGUCGACAAUAAGUCGGUUUGUGAAAAAACUUCACAAAACUGGUUCGUUCUGUUGAGAAUAUUGCUACAGUAGCGCACAGUGUUGCUGAACAACCUUCUACAUCACCAUAUCGACGUUCUCUAAAAGUAGGCAUUCUUGAAUCGACUGUUCGACGAAUUUUACCUGUAGAUGUGGUAAUGGUGGACAUUUAAAUGAUGAAAUUUUUCACAUACCAUAUAAUUAUUAAGAGCGGUAUUUUGAACAAAAAUAGUGAAAACUGAAAGAAUUGAAACAUAUUUACGUGUUUUAUUAUAAAACAACAUCUAGGCGCGUCUUUUGAAGGACCCUUUGUAAUCGAACUCUGUGAAGAGAUACUAAUCAAUGUUUUCUACUUAAGUGCUUUUACUCUUUAACAUAUCUUAAAUAGAUGGAGAGGUUAAAUUUUAUGACAGGUAAAACUCUUUGCGACCUGUGCCUUUUUACAUUUUAAAAACUGUGUAUUGCUAGAUUAUUUAACUGUAGUAAAUUAAGAACUAAUUCUAUUGAACAAUUAAUUAAGGCUACAUAAUUUAAAUGUCUGUCGAAAAAAUAAAAUAAUAAUAAUAAUAAAUACUUUAAUAACUUUAAAUAAGGAGAAUAAAUAAUAAACAAUUUAAAAAACGCUGGAAAAUAAAA